AUGGGCAUCUGCGACCUCCCGGCAGACUGCCUCGCCCUCGUCGCCUCCCUGACCUCCCCCGGCGACGCCUGCAGGCUGGUGGCCACCACCCAGGCUCUCCGGGCGGCUGCCGACUUCGACGAGGUCUGGGGAAGCUUCCUCCCAGCCGACUGCGUCGACAUCCUCGCGCGGUGUAGUACUGCCGGCGAUGAGCACUGCCGGGAAGGCGAAACAAAGAAGGAGCUCUUCUGCCGACUCUGCGACUGCCCUGUCCUCCUGGAUGGCGGCAAGCUGAGCUUAUCGUUGGACAGGCGUAGCGGGGCCAAGAAGUACAUGGUACCAGCGAAAGCUCUGUGGUACGGGUGUUGUGGCUACCACUACGGAGGACUCGUCUGGUCACGCUGCCACCCUCACUCCAGGUUCCGCGAGGUGGCGGUUCUCUCGUACCUGUGCUGGGUGGACGCGGACGUGAUCUUGAACACCAAGAACCUCUCGGGCGUCGGUAGAGGCUAUGCGGCCUAUCUCAUAUACAGGGUGCAUUGGUUGCACGCAGACAGGGCUCAGAACCAAAACCAAGAAGAUGCAGGGUCCUCCUCGUCCGCGGCCACUUGCUAUCAUGAGUGCAACCAUCUCGUGCCUCAGAAGCACUCGCGGUCUCUGUUAUGGGACAGAGGCUGGGAACUCGAUGGAUCACCAUCGUCAUCAUCAUCGAUGUCGGCAGACACAAUGGAGAAAAAUCGAAGUCAGAAGCAGCGGCUGACGCCUGAUGGAGUGGGCAUGAGGAGCGAUGGACAAUGGAUAGAGCAAGAGAUUAACAUAGAGUUGGGCGAGCAGUGUCUAGAGGGGAAGGAGAGCAAUGUUUCCAUUGUGUUUAGAGGGUUCACAAGGUCACAUAGGUGCCAGAUUAUCAUAGAAGGGAUCGGGAUAAGGCCGAGAGGAAUGGGAAAGUUGAAAUCAUGGCUAACUUGA